AUAAUAGGUUCGUCAAAUACACAUAUCUAUAAGUGUUUGGAUAUCUUAACCCUAUUAAAAUUGCCGAGAGACACAGAGAAUGCCGGAGAAUGAGUUUUCAAUGGGGAAACAAAUACCUUGCUAUGUAUAGCACUGGGGAGUAUCGAAGAAAAGAGAGAAACGGAAGGAAGAAGAGGUCCGACAAGUCGGAGAAGUUGGAUAUACGUCGGAACUGGCUCCGCGGACCGAUGGAUCGUGGAAGCGACCAGAGAAACGUGUUAGAAGGGCGAAUAGCGAGCGGGGCGUAUUAACGCGAUUCCUGCGAGCGUACGCCAGCGAUUCGCAUUCUCGCUCGCGCGAUGUCCUCGAGCUGGUGCCGCGAGUGAGCUCUUCGAGCUGGUGCAUGAAUAAGUUUUCCGACUCGACCAUUGGCUUGACACGCGAUUAUCCGGAUCGAAAAUCGUUUCAAAGAAGAAUUUACUCUCGAAGAUAUCGUCUCGAAGAAGUUUCAGUGAAAUUCCUGCAACGAGCUCACAAUAUCUGGGAGAUAUCCGACGACGAUAAUAUUCGAGUUUGCUUUCGAUACAAGAAACAACAUGCAAAAUAUACCGACGUGAAACGAACAGCGGAUCAACGAGAAGGGAUAGCGAAAUAGCGAAGCGAACUAUCCACCAGACAGCAGUUGAACGAUAAACUAAACAGCUAACUCUACGAAGCUUCCGCUGAUAAUUGUAUUGUUAUCGUGUGUUAUAAUAUAUUACCACAAAAUAGUUCACUUCGUUCUUCCAUUAUUACUGGCAGAGCCAGUGAACUCUUAGGGAGAUAAAAAUUUAAAAUUGUAAUUUCACAGUUAUCCAAGAUUAUAAGAUAUUAUUUUAUAGUGAAUUAAAGUCCAUGAUCUCGUCGAAAUUUUCAUUUUUGAAGUUUGUUUGUAUUUGGAAAAACUGAAAAGUACAUAUAUCUGACGGUCGCACCUAAAAAGUUUGCGAAAAUCGAUGAGUAUUUUGGAGAAGUGGUGACACAUGAAAUACGAAUCGUUGGGGUCGAACAGCUGAUUGAACUGAAUUACACUUUCGUUGAAAUUAUCUCUUUUCUAAGAACGAAUUGAAGAAACUGCAAAUUAUAGUUGUGAAAAUUCACCGCUGAAAGUGGCAGGAAUCGAUGUGUUCCUUUGAAACAAACGGAUAACCUCAUUUUACAAGAUCGUUAUAAAAUUAUUCUAAGAUCGACCGACGAAAAGCGGGUAGAUAACGUGACCCCUGUUAGAUAACGUAGAUAUGUGUGACCUCCUCCCUUGACCGAAGAACGGGAGAGAAGAGGCACAGAAGCACCGCGAAAUACGAUCGUUUCUCAGUCGUUCAGACAAAUCAUUAGAUCAACAUGUGUCAGCGAGUAAUAUUGUUAAGUUUGCCAAAAGCUGACUCGAUCGAUAUCCAGUUUACUAAUCUCACCUACGAAGUGAAGGAUGGCUAUUUCGGUUCAUUGAAGAAGAUUCUGAAAGGGGUUAGUGGAACCUUCAAGUCCGGAGAACUGUCGGUCAUAAUGGGACUGUCCGGUGCUGGAAAAUCAACUUUGUUGAACAUCCUGACGGGAUAUCAGAGAGGCAAGUGGACAGGAGAGAUCAACUAUAUCGGGAAUCAGGGAAAACAAAGUUGGAAAGAGUACAAGAAGCAGUCGUGUUACAUUCAACAGGACGAUCAUUUGCUGCCAUUGUUCACCGUGUGGGAGACCAUGUGGAUGGCAAGUAAUUUAAAAAUCGGUAACAGUCUGAGCCUAAAGGCUAAGGAAAUGCUGAUCGACGAGAUGUUGGAUAAUUUAGAUCUGAGCAGAACGAAGGAAACUAGAUGCAAUCGAUUGAGCGGCGGACAAAAGAAGAGGCUUAGCAUCGCGUUAGAGCUGCUGGACAAUCCACCGGUGAUGUUCCUCGACGAACCAACGACCGGCCUUGACUCUUUGUCUUCUCACCAGUGCAUCAGAUUGCUGCAUAGCCUGGCCAAGGCCGGUAGAACCAUCAUCUGCACGAUUCAUCAACCUAGUGCGGCCACCUACGAGAUGUUCGACAGCGUCUAUCUUCUAGCUGACGGUAGAUGUAUGUACGAAGGAACUACGAGGAACACGGUCGCGUAUUUUUCCAGUAUUGGACUUCACUGUCCCAUGUAUCACAAUCCAGCUGACUAUAUGAUCGAAAUAAUAAGCAAGGAAUACGGGGAUUUCAACGAUCAGUUGGCACAUCUGGCCAGCAAUAAAGAGAAGUCGUGGCGAUUGAACAGCUCGCAGAUCCUAAGUACGGAAGUUAACAAUAGUACGAACUUAACGAAAACCAGUGUACUGAUCCAACCACCAUCAGAAUUCGAGAAGUUUUUCGUGUUGACACGACGGUUUAUGGUCCAAUUGUUCAGAGACUGGACGGUCACCUACCUAAAGAUAUUCGCUCAUUUCGCAGUAGGCGUGUUGCUAGGUCUGCUGUACACGGAUGCUGGUCAUGACGGAAGCAAGACUCUUAGCAACGUUGGAUUUUUCAUGGUCACCUGCAUAUAUCUGAGCUACACGACCAUGAUGCCAGCGGUAUUCAAGUUUCCUUCGGAGAUGAUGACGUUGAGAAAGGAAAGAUUCAAUAACUGGUACCAGCUAAGGACGUAUUUCGUGGCCUCGUUUAUAUGCAACUUGCCUAUACAGAUACUGUACGCCUUCGUCUACAGUGGUACUUCUUAUUUCCUGAGUGGACAACCUUUGGACGUCAACAGGUUUCUUAUGUAUUUAAUGGUGACCAUUAUGAUUACGCUAGUAUCGGAUAGCAUCGGUGUUUUGAUAGGCAUUCUAACGAAUCCUGUAAAUGGAACGUUCGUAGGUGCCAUUACACUUUGUACUAUGUUAAGCCUGUCGGGCUUCCUGGCUCAUUUUAGCCAUAUGCCACGUAUUUUGUUCUAUAGUAGCUACCUAAGCUACAUCAAAUAUGGGGUGCACGCGUUCGUUCACGCGAUCUACGGUUACAAUCGUGAGAAGCUAUCCUGUCCGAAGAUCUAUUGCCACUAUAGCAUGCCCAGCACGUUGAUGACAGACCUGUCAAUGACGGACGGCAUGUAUUGGCUCGAUAUCUUCCUCUUGUUCUGCGGCUAUAUACUCUGCAGAAUCGUCGUCUAUCUUUCUCUCAAGAAGAAACUCUCCAGAGCAUGAAAAGAUGUCUAAUUUCGAUCCAUGAUUAAUUCAAAUUUUCAUUCUACUUGAGAAAAUAUCCGAACAUCGACUACCGUGUGUGCAUUAACGAUUCGGCAUUGGUAAUUUUACGAGAAUAUCGCAAGUGUAUUUUGUGACAUGUGAUUCAAGACAAUGAUGUCGAGUGAUCCUGUGAAUAGGAACGAAUGUAUUCGAACAAUGUCUUUUCGAGCUUCUUUUCUCGAUUAAAAUAUUACUCGAACGAUGAUGUAAUAUCCAUUUACACUACGACGCUUAUUUUAUAUUAAAAAUCUACGAAUGAUUGGUUUUUUCAUGUAUAUGCCUUUCAUUAUAAGAUCGUUUAGUUGUUUCAUGACGUAAACACAAAGGUCGAAAGUUAACAGAAUUUUGCUCCGUAGGAAUCAUUAGGUCCUCUUCGCCAACAAGACAAUGAGGGAUAAACGUACGACAUUUAAGCGGUAAGUAAAUUAUACACGUUCAUCGGAAGUUCAAUGGUGAAAAAAAAAAGAAAAAGAAAAAGAAAAAGAAAGAAA